AUGAGCAACAAAAUUGUGGAAAGCACUGACCGGGUCAUCUGCAACUCAACGCAUGAACUUGAGGCUCCAACAUUGUCUUUUGCUCCGAGGAUUCUUCCUAUAGGUCCACUUCAAGCAAGAAAGAACAACCACAUUGAUCAUUUAGCAAGUUCCCUUUGGCCAGAGGACUCAACUUGCUUAAAUUGGCUAGAUCUACAACGAGAGAAAUCAGUUAUUUAUGUUGCUUUUGGAAGUUUAGCGAAAUUUGACCAUAACCAGUUGCAAGAACUAGCAUUGGGACUUGAGGUAGUUGGUUGGGCUCCUCAGCAAAAGGUUCUAGGUCAUCCUUCAAUUGCUUGUUUCGUUAGCCAUUGUGGUUGGAAUUCUACCAUAGAAGGUGUCAUCAAUGGAGUGCCUUUUUUGUGUUGGCCUUUCUUUGCUGACCAGUUUAUUGAUGAGACCUACAUUUGUGAUAUUUGGAAGGUCGGGUUAAGGCUUGAUCGAAGCAAUGUGAUAGUUAGCCGAGAAGAAAUAGCAACUAAGAUUAAGCAAGUGGUCUAUGAUGAGGGAUUCAGAUUAAGGGCUUUACAACUGAAGGAAAAGGUCAUCAAUAGUGUCAAAGAAGGUGGCAGCUCAUACAAAAAUUUGAACAACUUUGUUAAUUGGAUUAAAGCAUAA